UUUAUCAUUCUUGCAAUUUGAGACCGCAGCUCAGCGAUCUCGCCAUGGCGGAUGCAGCAAGCUCGUUCGUUGUCUCUCUCAUUGAGAAUCGAGCUAAGGAGGUACACUGUGCAGCAAGUUCUAGCGUAAUAGAUCGUUGCAUUACAUCGUGUGAAAUGCCGUGUAGUGAAAGCUCCGGUCAAGGAGGUUUUAGUGGGAGUAGGAGCUGUUACGAUUAUGGAAAAUGCCAGUCUGUCAUCCCUUGAUGGCUUCUGCUUCAGAAAAGUCGUGUGUUUAUUGAGAUACCUAACACGAGAAAGAAGCAUGUGCACGAGUUGCUUGAAUUUUGCUUUCUCUGAAUUCUUGUAACAUUAUCAUCUCUUAUAGAGGCACGAUGAUGUAGCUUUGAAGAAGGAUGGUUUGGAGUGAGACUAGAAUUUGGCAUCAACGUGUAGCAAUCGUUUGCAGAAAAACGUUAUCACUAUUAGCGAGUGUGGAUGGCACUUAGAGUAUAUGGUGAACAUGUUUUUGUAGGUCGGUCUAGCGGCAUUUGACCUCAGAACUGCAAAGCUACAUUUAUCGCAGUUCAUAGAAACCAGUCGUUCAUAUCAAAAUACUACAACGUUGCUUCAGUACUUCGAUCCGACGGAUAUUGUUACACCAGCUAAUAUGAUUACGCCUCAAGGCAUAAUUGGAUUGACCUCAGUAGUUAACCAAUGUACUUCAGCUUCAAAGUCUUCGUACUCUGCAGGUGAUAUUAUCCCGAAGUUGUUUCGAUGAUACGAAGGAUUGAUCGUGAGAAAGGCAUCACACUUGCAAAUCGAUCCGUAGAGGUUACUCUCAAUGGAUCCUUCGACCACAUGAAUAUUGAUGGAACAAGUGUACAAAAUUUGGAGUUAGUGGAAUCGCUUCAUAUUCAAGUCGGACCACAAAAGAAGCGAGGUUGCCUUUUCGAGAUGCUUAAGACCACCAAGACUGCUGGAGGAACUCGCCUAUUAAGGGCCAAUCUUCUUCAGCCAUUGAAGGACAAGAACACUAUCAACACCCGCCUGGAUUGCUUGGAUGAGCUCACAAGUGAUGACAAGAUAUUUUUCGGAAUCUCACGAGCUCUUGAGAUGUUUCCCAAGGACAUAGAUCGUAUUCUCUGCUCCUUUUGCUUUAAGGCUAAGGUAAGCAAUGAUUCCACCACGAAAUCGACCACACGAGCUGGCCAGUUUAUGGUUAGUAACAUCAUUCUUCUGAAGGAAGCCCUUGACCACUUACCUACUCUUCAAGAGGCGUUGCAAGGUGCGAAGUGCUCUCUCCUAAGGAACAUCAAGGACAUUUGUGCUAAUCCAUCCUUCCGUCUACUUCUGCAGAGAAUUGAGGAAGUCAUCAACGAGGACAUCGUACAUUCAAGGGCACUGUUCUUGUCUCGUACACAGCAAUGCUUUGCAGUUAAAAGUGGCAUUGACGGCUAUCUUGACGUCGCACGCGAAGUCUUUUCUUCAACUAGUGAAGCAAUUCAUGAGCUGGCCAGGAGAUAUAGAGAAGAAUUCAACCUUCCGAACUUGAAGAUGCCCUUCAAUAACAAUCGUGGAUUUUACAUCAGCUUUCCAGAGAAGGAUUUGAAACAAACUUCCAUACCUUCAAUAUUCAACCAGGUGAUAAAGAAAGAAAAGAUCAUCUGUUGCUCCACAUCCGAGCUGACGUCCUUGAACGACAGGAAUAUGGAAGCCGCAGCAGAAUGCUACAAACGAACAUCUUUGUGUCUUGGAGAGCUGAUCACUCGAAUCAGAGAGGAUCUUCGUCUCCUAACAUCAUUGUCCGAGUCCCUUGCCCUUCUGGAUAUGAUGGUGAACUCUUUUGCUAAUCUGAUAUCAACGAAUCCUGAAGAGAGUUACAUCAGACCAGAAUUUACAGAAACUGGCCCUGUGGCGAUUGAAAAAGGCAGACACCCUGUGUUGGAAAGCACCAUACCUGGAGAAUUCGUGGCCAAUAACGCUUUUUUAUCAGAAGCGUCAAAUACUAUGAUUGUGACAGGACCCAACAUGAGCGGCAAGAGUACCUACUUGCGCCAAGUAGUGCUCAUAACGAUAAUGGCACAUAUUGGAUGUUACGUGCCAGCUCGAUUUGCUUCAUUUCGUGUAGUAGACAAUAUUUUUACUCGCAUCGGGACUUCCGACAAUAUAGAAUUAAAUUCUAGCACCUUUAUGACCGAGAUGAGGGAGACGGCAUAUCUACUAAAUAAUCUAACUUCAAGGAUCUUAAUUGAAACUAGCGCCAUUGAUCCUCUAUGCAGAAGCCUCGUGGUGGUUGACGAGUUGGGCAGAGCAACGUCAACUGGGGAUGGCUUUGCUAUUGCAUGGAGUUGCUGUGAAUACAUGUUGUCCUUCAAGGCCUAUGUCCUUUUCGCCACACACAUGCAACGACUGACAGAAUUAUCAAGCGUUUACCCUAAUGUGCGAGUUUGCUAUUUUGACGCGAGUAUCCUCAAUAACCGGCUGGAUUUCAAGUUUCUACUUCGAGAAGGGUGUACAAACGUUGCACAUUACGGCAUACGUCUAGCCGAGUUUGCCGGCAUUCCUACAUCUGUUAUAAAUGAUGCUAAAUGCAUAGCAGCUAAAAUUGAUGCGAAGGAAAAGAAUAAUGUCUCCAUCGCCCACGCCAAGUAUGGACACCUGCGUAAAGACUACCAUAUAGCCCAGAAGCUCCUAUGCUUGCAAUAUUCAAACCUUAACAAUGACAUAUUACGAGCUUAUCUCAAGAACUUGCAGCAGUGCUAUGUGGAAAAUAGAUGAGGAUGGGCAGCUUAAUAUAGGAAAUAUCUUCUCGCUGUAUGUUGAAUAGACAAGCUGAGUAGAUCUCAUGACUUACAGAUGGUUGCAAAGGAAUUCGUGAUGUCAGCUAGUUCGGGGCCAGUUAGUCCUGACAGUUAGUUUGGCACCAGUUGAAUUCAGCGCACGAUUUUCCACCUUACAAGUGGACUUGACAUGGUUGAGGCAGUCCUGUAGCAGGCUAAUAGUCUCCUAGAUAGUUGCAUUACUCUGAUCGUCUAUGCUAUUACUUUCUGUAUCCGCAUCUACUUUUAGAAGACAGAACUAGCUAUCAAACUCAAAUUCAGUGAGAUUCACCAAUGUACUCACUCCAAGUUAACAUUAACAGUGUAACGCUGUCAAAUUACCUAUUAAGAA